GUUUGUUCUUAUGUAAGCAAUGCGAUUUGUAAAAUUGCACAAUUCGGACGAGACUUCAAUGGACAACAAUUAUUUCGAUUUCGUCCUUUGAAUACUUAUUCAAAAGUUGCCUAAAAAUCGCUUUCUAUCGAUAUGAACAGUAUUAUUGCAUGAACUUCAAUCAUUUCCAAUACUAGUUCAAAUGAAUUCGUACGCAUCAAUCUUCUGGCCUUGCAUAGGUGUAUUUUUCUAGUAGAAUCUUAGUCUUCAUCUUCUUUUUAAUCGACGUUUAAAAAUGUGUGAUCCGUUAUGAUAGCGCUUCAUCGAACAGGUUCACGGUUUUUCAAAUUAGAUCUUGACGUUAUGGUUUCGAUAUUGCAGAGACGGCGAUGAUUUUUAGUGACCAUUAUGUGUGUACGCGUCUUCUAUAUUCUUAUUGCGAACUGGAUUAUCGAAGUCAACACAUGGCAAAUAGAUUUCGGCGAUUGCCCUCUCAUAUUCAAGGAGCCCUGCAAUACAAAGUAUAUAAAUUUCAAACUUUCCUAUACCAGAAAUGGAGAACUUCAUCGUCAAUCACUUGAUAAUUUUCAUCCAAAGCUGCCAAGUGAUUUUGGAGUAGGAACUGAAAUUAAAAUUGUAAUCCAUGGUUAUGGAGGUUUGAAGUUGGAUACAGGAACAACUAAUGUCACAGCUGCCUAUGAAGAGAAGAAGUAUAAUGUCAUUGCAGUCGAUUGGGGUCUCCUGGCCAAUAUUCCUUGCUACCCUACUGCAUUCUUGAAUACAUGGCACGUAGCACAGUGCACUUCAAUACUAAUCAUCGGCUUGAUAGCUAAUGGGAUAUCCUUGAAGAAAAUCCAUGUUGUGGGAUUCAGUUUGGGAGCUCACAUUGCUGGAUUCACUGGUACUCAACUCAAGGAGACUGCAGGACUUAAACUUAGCAGGAUAACAGGAUUGGAUCCUGCUCUACCAUUCUUUGCCACCUUGGACAAGCACUGGAAACUUGAUCCUGGAGACGCAGAUUUUGUUGAUGUGGUUCAUACUAGUGCAUUGGCAUUCGGUAAAUUUGAGGCUAGUGGUCACAUAGAUUUUUAUAUGAAUGGAGGGUCAAAACAGCCAUUCUGUAAGGAUAGACCCUAUCCACCAUUAUGCAGUCAUAUUUUGGCUGGUUUAUAUUUCGCAGAAUCAAUCUUGCGAGAUCAAAAAUUUGUUGGAACCAAAUGUGAUUUCCUCUCACCAAAUUUCAUCUUAGGCUUUUGUACAUCGAAUGCAACUGCUAUUAUGGGAGAACAUGUAAAUAGAAAUUCAAGAGGCAUAUAUUAUGUAGAAACAGCGGAAAAACCUCCAUUUGCAUUAGGCGAUGUAAAUUAUAAUUAUUUAUUGUAUAAAUAGAAAAAUUCAUGUAGA